AUGAAUUUGCGAAACGGUCGACGGAAUAAUACGAAUGCAUUUCUAAACGUUAUUAACGAUUCAGAUUCGGAUCUUUCCAUAGACAUAGACACUGUUCUACAGCCGUCAAGCGCUACAAUCGCCAAUAGAGUUAGCGACACAACACUUGAUCAAGAAAAUAUUCCGUUUUUGGUCGAAGAUGGAUCUAGCGCGCUUUCUUUCACCAACACUGUGCUAGUUAGCACCCCUGUGAACCUUGGUAUGGUAGCUCACAUCGAAGAAGCCGAAUCCAGCAAUUCCAGCUCUACAAAAGAUAACGGAACGCAUCCGCAAGCAAUUUCACGAGUACCUCCCGAGCUUCCAAGUCGUGCUCCUCGCCCUCUCCCUCCCAAAGAUGAUCAAGUGAUAGAAGGUGGCGGAGAGAAAGAGGAAUGGAGAUUGGCUCCAAUGGACCACAAUGUGUCAUUGUGUUUCGAAACUAUACAGUACGAAUCUUCCGCAGAUGUAGAAGAAAAUCUAAGAAGAAGUAUCCUUAAUCGCCCCAAAUCUUCUUGUCCAGAAAACGACAUUGUCUGGGGAGGAUAUGAAGUCAAUCAUGAUGCAGUGUUUGAGGACAAGAACCCUUUUAGGUUCAAAAUAAGCGACGAUGACAGAAAACGAGCCUACAUGUACGAUCUUAAAGAACUGCAAGGAAUCGAUGUCAGCCAAAUGCCCAAUUUGCAGCGGCUUCCCGAUAGUGGUUCAUGGCUUCAGCGCCAAGGGUAUCCAGAUUUGAGGUGUUCCUCCGGCAACGAUCUGUCCAUGAAGGGAAGCAGCUCGGUUCAAAACUGCCAAGAACUGAUAACGAAUGAAAAAACUGCGAACAAAUAUAGUGUUCAUUCACAUCGUUUUCGUCUUGAUGAUCAGCUCAUUGAUGUACGCAUAGGUUUGCGCAAUGCUCACUUUGAGGAAAUACAAAAACAUUCUGGAUCCGAACCAAAAUGCUCUGGAUUCUUUUCUGAAAAAGUUCCAAAGUUCUUCAAUCGGGCGUCCAAGCUAUUCAGCAAUGAUGUCUCGCGACUGGAAAGUGGUGAGUCCAUACUGAAACAUUGGUCAGUUCAUGAGGUUUAG